AUGGCGCCAUGCCGAGCCACCGUCGUGAAGACGAGAGCGGUGUGCGUGCUCCUCCUCCUCCUCCUCCUGUCGGCCGACGUGCGGCCACAGUCCGUGGAUGGGCAGGCGCCACCGGCUCCAGAGGUGGCCGUGACAAUCGAAGCAGACGCCGACAGCCGCGGCAAUGGCACCCGCGCCGGCGGCGCUGGGAACACCGCGAGGAAGGUGCUGAGCACCAUCGACUGUCAGAUCUGCGAGUCGACGUGCCGGGUCAAGUGCCUCAUCAACAACCUCUUCCAGUGGGGCACCUGCUACCAGCGCUGCAAGGCCGACAAUUGCAACGACUGGUGUAGGUAG